AUGGAAUCUGGGAGAAGGGGAUGGAAUCUGGGAGAAGGGGGUGGAAUCUGGGAGAAGGGGGUGGAAUCUGGGAGAAGGGGAUGGAAUCUGGAAGAAGGGGAUGAAAUCAGGGAGAAUGGGAUGGAAUUUGGGAGAAGGGGAUGGAAUCUAGGAGAAGGGGAUGGAAUCUGGGAGAAGGGGGUGGAAUCUGGGAGAAGGGGGUGGAAUCUGGGAGAAGGGGAUGGAAUCUGGGAGAAGGGGAUGGAAUCUGGGAGGAGGGGGUGGAAUCUGGGAGAAGGGGAUGAACUCUGGGAGAAGGGGAUGGAAUCAGGGAGAAGGGGAUGGAAUCUGAGAGAAGGGGGUGGAAUCUGGGAGAAGGGGGUGGAAUCUGGGAGAAGGGGAUGGAAUCUGGGAGAAGGGGAUGGAAUCUGGGAGAAGGGGAUGGAAUCUGGGAGAAGGGGAUGGAAUCUAGGAGAAGGGGAUGGUAUCAGGGAGAAGGGGAUGGAAUCUGGGAGAAGGGGAUGGAAUCUGGGAGAAGGGGGGGAUGGAAUCUGGGAGAAGGGGAUGGAAUCUGGGAGAAGGGGAUGGAAUCUGGGAGAAGGGGAUGGAAUCAGGGAGAAGGGGAUGGAAUCUGGGAGAAGGGGAUGGAAUCUGGGAGAAGGGGAUGGAAUCUGGGAGAAGGGGAUGAAAUCAGGGAGAAGGGGAUGGAAUCAGGGAGAAGGGGAUGGAAUCUGGGAGAAGGGGGUGGAAUCUGGGAGAAGGGGGUGGAAUCUGGGAGAAGGGGAUGGAAUCUGGGAGAAGGGAAUGGAAUCUGGGAGAAGGGGAUGGAAUCUGGGAGAAGGGGAUGGAAUCUGGGAGAAGGGGAUGAAAUCAGGGAGAAGGGGAUGGAAUCAGGGAGAAGGGGAUGGAAUCUGGGAGAAGGGGGUGGAAUCUGGGAGAAGGGGGUGGAAUCUGGGAGAAGGGGAUGGAAUCUGGGAGAAGGGAAUGGAAUCUGGGAGAAGGGGAUGGAAUCUGGGAGAAGGGGAUGGAAUCUGGGAGAAGGGGAUGGAAUCUGGGAGAAGGGGAAGGAAUCUGGGAGAAGCCCGCCCCCUUCUCUCUCCUUCCAUCACCCCGCCCCAUUCUCCCUCCUUCCAUCACCCUGCCCCAUUCUCCCGCUUUCCAUCAGCCCGCCCCAUUCUCCUGCUUUCCAUCACCCCUCCCCUUUCUCCCGCUUUCCAUCACCCCGCCCCAUUCUCCCGCUUUCCAUCACCCCGCUCCAUUCUCCCGCCUUCCAUCACCCCGCCCCAAUCUCCCGCUUUCCAUCACCCCGCCCCAUUCUCCCGCUUUCGAUCACUCCGCCCCAUUCUCCCGCUUUCCAUCACCCCGACCCAUUCUCCCACUUUCCAUCACCCCGCCCCAUUCUCCCUCCUUCCAUCACCCCGCCUCAUUCUCCCUCCUUCCAUCACCCCGCCCCAUUCUCCCGCUUUCCAUCACCCCGCCCCAUUCGCCUGCUUUCCAUCACAACGCCCCAUUCUCCCGCUUUCCAUCACCCCGCCCCAUUCUCCCUCCUUCCAUCACCCUGCCCCAUUCUCCCGCUUUCCUUCACCCCGCCCCAUUCUCCCGCUUUCCAUAACCCCACCCCAUUCUCCCGCUUUCCAUCACCCCGCCACAUUCUCCCACUUUCCAUCACCCCGCCCCAUUCUCCCUCCUUCCAUCACCCUGCCCCAUUCUCCCUCCUUUGAUCACCCCGCCCCAUUCUCCCGCUUUCCAUCACCCCGCCCCAUUCUCCCGCUUUCCAUCACCCCGCCCCAUUCUCCCGCUCUCCAUCACCCGCCCCAUUCUCCCUGUUUCCAUCACCCCGCCCCAUUCUCCCGCUUUCCAUCACCCCGCCCCAUUCUCCCUGUUUCCAUCACCUCGCCCCAUUCUCCCUCUUUCCAUCUCCCCGCCCCAUUCUCCCGCUUUCCAUCACCCCGCCCCAUUCUCCCUCUUUCCAUCACCCCGCCCCAUUCUCCCACCUUUCAUCACCUGCCCCAUUCCUCCCGCUUUCCAUCACCCCGCCCAAUUCUCCCGCUUUCCAUCACCCCGCCCCGUUCUCCGUCUUUCCAUCACCCCGCCCCAUUCUCCCGCUUUCCAUCACCCCGCCCCAUUCUCCCGCUUUCCAUCACCCCGCCCCAUUCUCCCUCUUUCUAUCACCCCGCCCCAUUCUCCCUCUUUCCAUCACCCCGCCCCAUUCUCCCGCCUUUCAUCACCCCGCCCCAUUCUCCCGCUUUCCAUCACCCCGCCCAAUUCUCCCGUUUUCCAUCACCCCGCCCCAUUCUCCCGCCUUCCAUCACCCCGCCCCAUUCUCCCUCUUUCCAUCACCCCGCCCCAUUCUCCCUCUUUCCAUCACCCCGCCCCAUUCUCCCACUUUCCAUCACCCCGCCCCAUUCUCCCUCUAUCCAUCACCCCGCCCCAUUCUCUCGCUUUCCAUCACCCCGCGUUGUUCUCCCGUUUUCCAUCACCCCGCCCCAUUCUCCCGAUUUCCAUCACCCCGCCCCAUUCUCCCGCUUUCCAUCACCCCGCCCCAUUCUUCCGAUUUCCAUCACCCCGCCCCAUUCUCCUGCUUUCCAUCACCCCGCCCCAUUCUCCCGCUUUCCAUCACCCUGCCCCAUUCUCACUCUUUCCAUCACCCCUCCCCAUUCACCCUCUUCCCAUCACCCCGCCCAAUUCUCCUGCUUUCUAUCUCCCCACCCCAUUCUCCCUCUUUCCAUCACCCCGCCCCAUUCUCCCGCCUUCCAUCACCCCGCCCCAUUCUCCAUCUUUCCAUCACCCUGCCCAAUUCUCCCCCUUUCCAUCACCCCGCCCCAUUCUCCCUCUUUCCAUCACCCCGCCCCAUUCUCUCGCUUUCCAUCACCCCGCCCUAUUUUCCCGAUUUCCAUCACCCCGCCCCGUUCUCCCGCUUUCCAUCACCCCGCCCCAUUCUCCCGCUUUCCAUCACCCCGCCCCAUUCUCCCGCUUUCCAUCACCCCGCCCCAUUCUCCCGCUUUCCAUCACCCCGCCCCAUUCUCCCGAUUUCCAUCACCCUACCCCAUUCACCCGCUUUCCAUCACCCCUCCCCAUUCUCCCUCCUUCUAUCACCCCGCCCCAUUCUCCCGCUUUCCAUUACCCGCCCCAUUCUCCCGCUUUCCAUCACCUCGCCCCAUCUCCCGCUUUCCAUCACCCCGCCCUAUUCUUCUGCUUUCCAUCACCCCGCCCCAUUCUCCUGCUUUCCAUCACCCCGCCCCAUUCACCCGCUUUCCAUCACCCGCCCCAUUCUCCUGCUUUCCAUCACCCCACUCCAUUCUCCCGCUUUCCAUCACUCCGCUUCAUUCUCCCGCUUUCCAUCACCCCGCCCCAUUCUCCCGCUUUCCGUCAGCCCACCCCAUUCUACCACUUUCCAUCACCCCGCCCCAUUCUCCCGCUUUCCAUCACCCCGCCCCAUUCUCCCGCUUUCGAUCACCCCGCCCCAUUCUCCCGCUUUCCAUCACCCCGCCCCAUUCUCCAGCUUUCCAUCACCCCGCCCCAUUCUCCCGCUUUCCAUCACCCCGCCCCAUUCUCCCGCUUUCCAUCACCCCGCCCCAUUCUCCCGCUUUCCAUCACCCCGCCCCAUUCUCCCGCUUUCCAUCACCCCGCCCCAUUCUCCCGCUCUCCAUCACCCGCCCCAUUCUCCCUGUUUCCAUCACCCCGCCCCAUUCUCCCGCUUUCCAUCACCCCGCCCCAUUCUCCCUGUUUCCAUCACCUCGCCCCAUUCUCCCUCUUUCCAUCUCCCCGCCCCAUUCUCCCGCUUUCCAUCACCCCGCCCCAUUCUCCCUCUUUCCAUCACCCCGCCCCAUUCUCCCACCUUUCAUCACCUGCCCCAUUCCUCCCGCUUUCCAUCACCCCGCCCAAUUCUCCCGCUUUCCAUCACCCCGCCCCGUUCUCCGUCUUUCCAUCACCCCGCCCCAUUCUCCCGCUUUCCAUCACCCCGCCCCAUUCUCCCGCUUUCCAUCACCCCGCCCCAUUCUCCCUCUUUCUAUCACCCCGCCCCAUUCUCCCUCUUUCCAUCACCCCGCCCCAUUCUCCCGCCUUUCAUCACCCCGCCCCAUUCUCCCGCUUUCCAUCACCCCGCCCAAUUCUCCCGUUUUCCAUCACCCCGCCCCAUUCUCCCGCCUUCCAUCACCCCGCCCCAUUCUCCCUCUUUCCAUCACCCCGCCCCAAUCUCCCUCUUUCCAUCACCCCGCCCCAUUCUCCCACUUUCCAUCACCCCGCCCCAUUCUCCCUCUAUCCAUCACCCCGCCCCAUUCUCUCGCUUUCCAUCACCCCGCGUUGUUCUCCCGUUUUCCAUCACCCCGCCCCAUUCUCCCGAUUUCCAUCACCCCGCCCCAUUCUCCCGCUUUCCAUCACCCCGCCCCAUUCUUCCGAUUUCCAUCACCCCGCCCCAUUCUCCUGCUUUCCAUCACCCCGCCCCAUUCUCCCGCUUUCCAUCACCCUGCCCCAUUCUCACUCUUUCCAUCACCCCUCCCCAUUCACCCUCUUCCCAUCACCCCGCCCAAUUCUCCUGCUUUCUAUCUCCCCACCCCAUUCUCCCUCUUUCCAUCACCCCGCCCCAUUCUCCCGCCUUCCAUCACCCCGCCCCAUUCUCCAUCUUUCCAUCACCCUGCCCAAUUCUCCCCCUUUCCAUCACCCCGCCCCAUUCUCCCUCUUUCCAUCACCCCGCCCCAUUCUCUCGCUUUCCAUCACCCCGCCCUAUUUUCCCGAUUUCCAUCACCCCGCCCCGUUCUCCCGCUUUCCAUCACCCCGCCCCAUUCUCCCGCUUUCCAUCACCCCGCCCCAUUCUCCCGCUUUCCAUCACCCCGCCCCAUUCUCCCGCUUUCCAUCACCCCGCCCCAUUCUCCCGAUUUCCAUCACCCUACCCCAUUCACCCGCUUUCCAUCACCCCUCCCCAUUCUCCCUCCUUCUAUCACCCCGCCCCAUUCUCCCGCUUUCCAUUACCCGCCCCAUUCUCCCGCUUUCCAUCACCUCGCCCCAUCUCCCGCUUUCCAUCACCCCGCCCUAUUCUUCUGCUUUCCAUCACCCCGCCCCAUUCUCCUGCUUUCCAUCACCCCGCCCCAUUCACCCGCUUUCCAUCACCCGCCCCAUUCUCCUGCUUUCCAUCACCCCACUCCAUUCUCCCGCUUUCCAUCACUCCGCUUCAUUCUCCCGCUUUCCAUCACCCCGCCCCAUUCUCCCGCUUUCCGUCAGCCCACCCCAUUCUACCACUUUCCAUCACCCCGCCCCAUUCUCCUGCUUUCCAUCACCCCGCCCCAUUCUCCCGCUUUCGAUCACCCCGCCCCAUUCUCCCGCUUUCCAUCACCCCGCCCCAUUCUCCAGCUUUCCAUCACCCCGCCCCAUUCUCCCGCUUUCCAUCACCCCGCCCCAUUCUCCCGCUUUCCAUCACCCCGCCCCAUUCUCCCGCUUUCCAUCACCCCGCCCCAUUCUCCCGCUUUCCAUCACCCCGCCCCAUUCUCCCGCUUUCCAUCACCCCGCCCCAUUCUCCCGCUUUCCAUCACCACGCCCCAUUCUCCCGCUUUCCAUCACCCCGCCCCAUUCUCCCGCUUUCCAUCACCCCGCCCCAUUCUCCCUCCUUCCAUCACCCCGCCUCAUUCUACCUCCUUCCAUCACCCCGCCCCAUGCUCCCGCUUUCCAUCACCCCGCCCCAUUCUCCCGCUUUUAAUCACCCGCCCCAUUCUCCCACUUUCCAUCACCCCGCCCCAUUCUCCCGCUUUCCAUCACCCCGCCCCAUUCUCCCUCCUUCCAUCACCCCGCCCCAUUCUCCCGCUUUCCAUCAGCCCACCCCAUUCACCCGCUUUCCAUCACACCGCCCCAUUCUCCCGCUUUCCAUCACCUCGCCCCAUUCUCCCGCUUUCCAUCACCCCGCCCCAUUCUCCCAUCUCCCCGCCCCAUUCUCCCGCUUUCCAUCACCACGCCCCAUUCUCCCGCUUUCCAUCACCCCGCCCCAUUCUCCCGCUUUCCAUCACUCUGCCCCAUUCUCCCGCUUUCCAUCACCCCGCCCCAUUCUCCUUCUUUCGAUCACCCCGCCCCAUUCUUCUCCUUCCAUCACCCCGCCUCAUUCUACCUCCUUCCAUCACCCCGCCCCAUUCUCCCGCUUUCCAUCACCCCGCCCCAUUCUCCCGCUUUCCAUCACCCCGCCCCAUUCUCCCACUUUCUAUCACCCCAGCCUAUUCUCCCGCUUUCCAUCUCCCCGCCCCAUACUCCCGCUUUCUAUCACCCCGCCCCAUUCUCCCGCUUUCCAUCACCCCGCCCCAUUCUCCCGCUUUCGAUCGCCACGCCCCAUUCUCCCUCCUUCCAUCACCCCGCCCCAUUCUCCCGCUUUCCAUCACCCCGCCCCAUUCUCCCGCUUUCCAUCACCCUGCCCCAUUCACCCGCUUUCCAUCACCCCGCCCCAUUUUCCCGCUUUCCAUCACCCCGCCCCAUUCUCCCGAUUUCCAUCACCCCGCCCCAUUCACCCGCUUUCCAUCACCCCUCUCCAUUCUUCCUCCUUCUAUCAACCUGCCCCAUUCUCCCACUUUCCAUUACCCGCCCCAUUCUCCCGCUUUCCAUCACCUCGCCCCAUUCUCCCGCUUUCCAUCACCCCGCCCUAUUCUUCUGCUUUCCAUCACCCCGCCCCAUUCACCCGCUUUCCAUCACCAGCCCCAUUCUCCUGCUUUCCAUCACCCCACUCCAUUCUCCCGCUUUCCAUCACUCCGCUUCAUUCUCCCGCUUUCCAUCACCCCGCCCCAUUCUCCUGCUUUCCAUCACCCCGCCCCAUUCUCCCUCCUUCCAUCACUCCGCCUCAUUCUCCCUCCUUCCAUCACCCUGCCCCAUUCUCCCGCUUUCCAUCACCCCGCCCCAUUCUCCCGCUUUCCAUCACCCAGCCCCAUUCUCCCACUUUCCAUCACCCCUACUUAUUUUCCCGCUUUCUAUAACCCCGCCCCAUUCUCACGCUUUCCAUCACCAUGCCCCAAUCUCCCGCUUUCCAUCACCCCGCCCCAUUCUCCCUCCUUCCAUCACUCCGCCCCAUUCUCCCGCUUUCCAUCACCCCGCCCCAUUCUCCCGCUUUCCAUAACCCCGCCUCAUUCUCCCUCCUUCCAUCACCCGCCCCAUUCUCCCUCCUUCCAUCACCCCGCCCCAUUCUCCCUCCUUCCAUCACCCCGCCCCAUUCUCCCGCUUUCCAUCAGCCCACCCCAUUCUCCCACUUUCCAUCACCCCGCCCCAUUCUCCCGCUUCCCAUCACCCCGCCCCAUUCUCCCGCUUUCGAUCACCCCGCCCCAUUCUCCCGCUUUCCAUCACCCCGCCCCAUUCUCCCGCUUACCAUCACCCCGCCUCAUUCUCCCGCUUUCCAUCACCCCGCCCCAUUCUCCCGCUUUCCAUCACCCCGCCCCAUUCUCCCUCUUUCCAUCACCCCGCCCCAUUCUCCAGCCUUUCAUCACCUGCCCCAUUCCUCCCGCUUUCCAUCACCCCGCCCAAUUCUCCCGCUUUCCAUCACCCCGCCCCGUUCUCCCUCUUUCCAUCACCCCGCCCCAUUCUCCCGCUUUCCAUCACCCCGCCCCAUUCUCCCUCUUUCCAUCACCCCGCCCCAUUCUCCAGCCUUUCAUCACCUGCCCCAUUCCUCCCGCUUUCCAUCACCCCGCCCAAUUCUCCCGCUUUCCAUCACCCCGCCCCGUUCUCCCUCUUUCCAUCACCCCGCCCCAUUCUCCCGCUUUCCAUCACCCCGCCCCAUUCUCCCGCUUUCCAUCACCCCGCCCCAUUCUCCCUCUUUCCUUCACCCCGCCCCAUUCUCCCUCUUUCCAUCUCCCCGCCCCAUUCUCCCGCUUUCCAUCACCCCGCCCCAUUCUCCCUCUUUCCAUCACCCCGCCCCAUUCUCCAGCCUUUCAUCACCUGCCCCAUUCCUCCCGCUUUCCAUCACCCCGCCCAAUUCUCCCGCUUUCCAUCACCCCGCCCCGUUCUCCCUCUUUCCAUCACCCCGCCCCAUUCUCCCGCCUUUCAUCACCCCGCCCCAUUCUCCCGCCUUCCAUCACCCCGCCCCAUUCUCCCUCCUUCCAUCACCCCGCCCCAUUCUCCCUCCUUCCAUUACCCCGCCCCAUUCUCCCGCUUUCCAUCACCCCGCCCCAUUCUCCCUCCUUCCAUCACCCCGCCCCAUUCUCCCUCCUUCCAUCACCCCGCCCCAUUCUCCCUCCUUCCAUCACCCCGCCCCAUUCUCCCCCUUUCAUCACCUGCCCCAUUCCUCCCGCAUUCCAUCACCCCGCCCAAUUCUCCCGCUUUCCAUCACCCCGCCCCGUUCUCCCUCUUUCCAUCACCCCGCCCCAUUCUCCCGCUUUCCAUCACCCCGCCCCAUUCUCCCGCUUUCCAUCACCCCGCCCCAUUCUCCCUCUUUCCUUCACCCCGCCCCAUUCUCCCUCUUUCCAUCACCCCGCCCCAUUCUCCCGCCUUUCAUCACCCCGCCCCAUUCUCCCGCCUUCCAUCACCCCGCCCCAUUCUCCCUCCUUCCAUCACCCCGCCCCAUUCUCCCUCCUUCCAUUACCCCGCCCCAUUCUCCCGCUUUCCAUCACCCCGCCCCAUUCUCCCUCCUUCCAUCACCCCGCCCCAUUCUCCCUCCUUCCAUCACCCCGCCCCAUUCUCCCGUUUUCCAUCACCCCGCCCCAUUUUCCCGCUUCCCAUAACCCCGCCCCAUUCUCCCGCUUUCCAUCACCCCGUCAAAUUCUCCCGCUUUCUAUCACCCCGCCCCAUUCUCCCGCUUUCAAUCACCCCGCCCCAUUCUCCCGAUUUCAAUCACCCCGCCCCAUUCUCCCGAUUUCCAUCACCCCGCCCCAUUCUCCCGCUUUCAAUCACCCCGCCCCAUUCUCCCGAUUUCCAUCACCCCGCCCCAUUCUCUCGCUUUCCAUCACCCCGACCCAUUCUCCCGCUUUCCAUCACCCCGCCCCAUUCUCCCGCUUUCUAUCAUCCCGCCCCAUUCUCCCUCCUUCCAUCACCCCGCCCUAUUCUUCCGCUUCCCAUCAUCCCGCCCCAUUCCCCCGCUUUCCAUCACCCCUCCCCAUUCUCCCUUCUUCCAUCACCCCGUCCCAUUCUUCCGCUUUCCAUCACCUCGCCCCAUUCUCCCGCUUUCCAUCACCCCGCCGCAUUCUUUUGCUUUCCAUCACCCCGCCCCAUUCUCCCGCUCUCCAUCACCCUGCCCCAUUCACCCGCUUUCCAUCACCCGCCCCAUUCUCCCGCUUUCCAUCACCCCGCCCCAUUCUCCCGCUUUCCAUCACCCCGCUCCAUUCUCCCGCCUUCAAUCACCCCGCCCUAUUCUCCCGCUUUCCAUCACCCCGCCCCAUUCUCCCGCUUUCCAUCACUCCGCCCCAUUCUCCCGCUUUCCAUCACCCCGACCCAUUGUCCCACUUUCCAUCACCCCGCCUCAUUCUGCCUCCUUCCAUCACCCCGCCCCAUUCUUCCGCUUUCCAUCACCCGCCCCAUUCUCCCGCUUUCCAUCACCCCGCCCCGUUCUCCCUCUUUCCAUCACCCCGCCCCAUUCUCCCGCUUUCCAUCACCCCGCCCCAUUCUCCCGCUUUCCAUCACCCUGCCCCAUUCUCCCUCUUUCCUUCACCCCGCCCCAUUCUCCCUCUUUCCAUCACCCCGCCCCAUUCUCCCGCCUUUCAUCACCCCGCCCCAUUCUCCCGCCUUCCAUCACCCCGCCCCAUUCUCCCUCCUUCCAUCACCCCGCCCCAUUCUCCCUCCUUCCAUUACCCCGCCCCAUUCUCCCGCUUUCCAUCACCCCGCCCCAUUCUCCCUCCUUCCAUCACCCCGCCCCAUUCUCCCUCCUUCCAUCACCCCGCCCCAUUCUCCCUCCUUCCAUCACCCCGCCCCAUUCUCCCGUUUUCCAUCACCCCGCCCCAUUUUCCUGCUUCCCAUAACCCCGCCCCAUUCUCCCGCUUUCCAUCACCCCGUCAAAUUCUCCCGCUUUCUAUCACCCCGCCCCAUUCUCCCGCUUUCAAUCACCCCGCCCCAUUCUCCCGAUUUCAAUCACCCCGCCCCAUUCUCCCGAUUUCCAUCACCCCGCCCCAUUCUCCCGCUUUCAAUCACCCCGCCCCAUUCUCCCGAUUUCCAUCACCCCGCCCCAUUCUCUCGCUUUCCAUCACCCCGCCCCAUUCUCCCGCUUUCCAUCACCCCGCCCCAUUCUCCCGCUUUCUAUCAUCCCGCCCCAUUCUCCCUCCUUCUAUCACCCCGCCCUAUUCUUCCGCUUCCCAUCAUCCCGCCCCAUUCCCCCGCUUUCCAUCACCCCUCCCCAUUCUCCCUCCUUCCAUCACCCCCCCCAUUCUCCCGCUUUCCAUCACCCCGCUCCAUUCUCCCGCUUUCCAUCACCCCACCCCAUUCUCCCUCCUUCCAUCACCCCGCCCCAUUCUCCCUCCUUCCAUCACCCCGCCCCAUUCUUCCGCUUUCCAUCACCCCGCCCCAUUCUCCCUCCUUCCAUCACCCCGCCCCAUUCUCCCUCCUUCCAUCACCCCGCCCCAUUCUCCCUCCUUCCAUCACCCUGCCCCAUUCUCCCGCUUUCCAUCACCCCGCACCAUUUUCCCCCUUCCCAUAACCCCACCCCUUUCUCCCGCUUUCCAUCACCCUGCCAAAUUCUCCCGCUUUCUAUCACCCCGCUCCAUUCUCCCUCCUUCCAUCACCCCGCCCCAUUCUCCCGCUUUCAAUCACCCCGCCCCAUUCUCUCUCCUUCCAUCACCCCGCCCCAUUCUCUCGCUUUCCAUCACCCCGCCCCAUUCUCCCGCUUUCCAUCACCCCGCCCCAUUCUCCCGCUUUCCAUCAUCCCGCCUCAUUCUCUCUCCUUCCAUCACCCCGCCUUAUUCUUCCGCUUCCCAUCAUCCCGCCCCAUUCCCCCGAUUUCCAUCACCCCUCCCCAUUCUCCCUCCUUCCAUCACCCCGCCCCAUUCUCUCGCUUUCCAUCACCCCGCCCCAUCCUCCCGCUCCCGCCCCCUUCUCUCUCCUUCCAUCACCCCGCCCCAUUCUCCCUCCUUCCAUCACCCUGCCCCAUUCUCCCGCUUUCCAUCAGCCCGCCCCAUUCUCCCGCUUUCCAUCACCCCUCCCCUUUCUCCCGCUUUCCAUCUCCCCUCCCCAUUCUCCCGCUUUCCAUCACCCCGCCCCAUUCUCCCGCUUUCCAUCACCCCGCCCCAUUCUUCCGCUUCCCAUCAUCCCGCCCCAUUCCCCCGCUUUCCAUCAUCCAUCCCCAUUCUCCCUCCUUCCAUCACCCCGCUCCAUUCUCUCGCUUUCCAUCACCGCGCCCCAUUCUCCCGCUUUCCAUCACCCCAACCCAUUCUCCCGCUUUCCAUCACCCUGCCCCAUUCUCCCUCCUUCCAUCACCCCGCCCCAUUCUCCCGCUUUCCAUCACCCCGCCCCAUUCUCCCUCCUUCCAUCACCCUGCCCCACUCUCCCUCAUUCCAUCACCCUGCCCCAUUCUCCCGCUUUCCAUCACCCCGCCCCAUUCUCCCGCUUCCCAUAACCCCACCCUAUUCCCCCGCUUUCCAUCACCCCGCCACAUUUUCCCACUUUCCAUCACCCCGCCCCCUUCUCUCUCCUUCCAUCACCCCGCCCCAUUCUCCCUCCUUCCAUCAACCCGCCCCAUUCUCCCGCUUUCCAUCAGCCCACCCCAUUCUCCCGCUUUCCAUCACCCCGCCACAUUCUCCCACUUUCCAUCACCCCGCCCCCUUCUCUCUCCCUCCAUCACCCCGCCCCAUUCUCCCUCCUUCCAUCACCCCGCCCCAUUCUCCCGCUUUCCAUCAGCCCGCCCCAUUCUCCCGCUUUCCAUCACCCCUCCCCUUUCUCCCACUUUCCAUCUCCCCUCCCCAUUCUCCCGCUUUCCAUCACCCCGCCCCAUUCUCCCGCUUUCCAUCACCCCGCCCCAUUCUUCCGCUUCCCAUCAUCCCGCCCCAUUCCCCCGCUUUCCAUCACCCCUCCCCAUUCUCCCUCCUUCCAUCACCCUGCCCCAUUCUCUCGCUUUCCAUCACCCCGCCCCAUUCUCCCGCUUUCCAUCACCCCGCCCCAUUCUCCCGCUUUCCAUCACCCCAGCCCAUUCUUCCUCCUUCCAUCACCCCGCCCCAUUCUCCCGCUUUCCAUCACCCCGCCCUAUUCUCCCUCCUUCCAUCACCCCGCCCCAUUCUCCCUAAUUCCAUCACCCCGCCCCAUUCUCCCGCUUUCCAUCACCCCGCCCCAUUCUCCCUCCUUCCAUCAACCCGCCCCAUUCUCCCUCAUUCCAUCACCCCGCCCCAUUCUCCCGCUUUCCAUCAUCCUGCCCCAUUCUCCCUCCUUCCAUCAUCCCGCUCCAUUCUCCCGCUUUCCAUCACUCCGCCCCAUUCUCCCUCCUUCCAUCACCCCGCCCCAUUCUCCCUCCUUCCAUCACCCCGCCCCAUUCUCCCGCUUUCCAUCAACCCGCCCCAUUCUCCUGCAUUCCAUCACCCCCCCGCCCCAUUCUCCCGCUCUCCAUCACCCCGCCCCUUUCUCCCGCUUUCCAUCUCCCCGCCCCAUUCUCCCGCUUUCCAUCACCCCGCUCCAUUCUCCCGCUUUCCAUCACCCCGCCCCAUUCUUCCGCUUCCCAUCAUCCCGCCCCUUUUCCCCGCUUUCCAUCACCCCUCCCCAUUCUCCCUCCUUCCAUCACCCCGCCCCAUUCUCCCGCUUUCCAUCACACCGCCUCAAUCUUCUGCUUUCCAUCACCCCGCCCCGUUCUCCCGCUUUCCAUCACCCUACCCCAUUCACCCGCUUUCCAUCACCUCGCCCCAUUCUCCCGCUUUCCAUCACCCCGCCCCAUUCUCCCGCUUUCCAUCACCCUGCCCCAUUCACCCGCUUUCCAUCACCCGCCCCAUUCUCCCGCUUUCCAUCACCCCGCCCCAUUCUCCCGCUUUCCAUCACCCCACCCCAUUCUCCCGCUUUCCAUCCCCCCGCCCCAUUCUCCCGCUUUCCAUCACCCCGCCCCAUUCUCCCGCUUUCCAUCACCCUGACCCAUUCUCCCACUUUCCAUCACCCCGCCCCAUUCUCCCUCCUUCCAUCACCCCGCCUCAUUCUCCCUCCUUCCAUAACCCCGCCCCAUUCUCCCGCUUUCCAUCAUCCCGCCCCAUUCUCCCUCCUUCCAUCACCCCGCCCCAUUCUCCCGCUUUCCAUCACCCCGCCCCAUUCUCCCGCUUUCCAUCACCUCGCCCCAUUCUCCCGCUUUCCAUCACUCCGCCCCAUUCUCCCGCAUUCCAUCAGCCCGCCCCAUUCUCACUCUUUCCAUCACCCCACCCCAUUCUCCCUCCGUCCAUCACCCCGCCCCAUUCGCCUGAUUUCCAUCGCACCGCCCAAUUCUCCCGUUUUCCAUCACCCCGCCCCAUUCUCCCACUAUCCAUCACCCCGCCUCAUUAUCCCGCUUUCCAUCACCCCGCCCCAUUCUCUCGCUUUCCAUCACCCCGCCCCAUUCUCUCGCUUUCCAUCAACCCGCCCCAUUCUCCCGCUUUCCAUCACCCCGCCCCAUUCUCCUGCUUUCCAUCAUCCCACGCCAUUCUCCCUCCUUCCAUCGCCCCGCCCCUUUCUCCCGCUUUCCAUCGCCCUGCCCCAUUCUCCCGCUUUCCAUCACCCGGCCCCAUUCUCCCGCUUUCCAUCACCUCGCCCCAUUCUCCCGCUUUCCAUCACCCCGCCCCAUUCUCCCAAUCUCCAUCACCCCGCCCCAUUCUCCCUCCUUCCAUCACCCCGCCCCAUUCUCCCUCCUUCCAUCACCCCGCCCCAUUCUCCCGCUUUCCAUCACCCCGCCCCAUUCUCCCGCUUUCCAUCACCCCGCCCCAUUCUCCCGCUUUCCAUCACCCCGCCCCAUUCUCCCGCUUUCCAUCACCCCGCCCCAUUCUCCCUCCUUCCACCACCCCGCCCCAUUCUCCCGCUUUCCAUCACCCCGCCCCAUUCUCUCGCUUUCCAUCACCCCGCCCCAUUCUCCCGCUUUCCAUCACCCCGCCCCAUUCUCCCUCCUUAACCCCGCCCCAUUCUCCCUCCUUCCAUCACCCCGCCCUAUUCUCCCUCCUUCCAUCACCCCGCCCCAUUCUCCCUCCUUCUAUCACCCCGCCCCAUUCUCCCGCUUUCAAUCACCCUGCCCCAUUCUCCCGCUUUCCAUCACCCUGCCCCAUUCUAACGCUUUCCAUCACCCCGCCCCAUUCUCCCGCUUUCCAUCACCCCGCCCCACCCGCCCCAUUCUCCCUCCUUCCAUCACCCCGCCCCAUUCUCCCUCCUUCCAUCACCCCCCCCUUUCUCCCUCCUUUCAUAACCCCGCCCCAUUCUCCCGCUUUCCAUCACCCUGCCCCAUUCUCCCGCUUUCCAUCACCCCGCCUCAUUCUCCCGCUUUCCCUCACUCCGCCACAGUCUCCCGCUUUCCAUAGCCCCGCCCCAUUCUCCCGCUUUCCAUCACCCCGCCCCCUUCUCCCGCUUUCCAUCACUGCGCCCCAUUCUCCCUCCUUCCAUCACCCCGCCCCAUUCUCCCGCUUUCCAUCACCCUGCCCCAUUCUCCCGUUUUCCAUCACCUCGCCCCAUUCUCCCACUUUCCAUCACCCCGCCCCAUUCUCCCGCUUUCCAUCACCCCGCCCCAUUCUUCCGCUUUCCAUCACCCCACCCCAUAAUCCUGCUUUCCAUCACCCCGCCCCAUUCUCCCUCCUUCCAUCACUCCGCCCCAUUCUGCCUCAUUCUCCCUCCUUCCAUCACCUCACCCCAUUCUCCCGCUUUCCAUCAACCCGCCCCAUUCUCCCGCUUUCCAUCACCCCGCCCCAUUCUCCCGCUUUCCAUCACUCCGCCCCAUUCUCCCGCUUUCCAUCACCCCGCCCCAUUCUCCUGCUUUCCAUCACCCCGCCCCAUUCUCCCGCUUUCCAUCACCCCUCCCCAUUCUCUUGCUUUCCAUCACCUCGCCCCAUUCUCCUGCUUUCCAUCACCUCGCCCCAUUCUCCCGCUUUCCACAACCCCACCCCAUUCUCACGCUUUCCAUCACCCUGCCCUAUUCUCCCGCGUUCAAUCACCUUGCCCCAUUCUCCCUCCUUCCAUCACCCCACCCCAUUCUCCCUCCUUCCAUCACCCCGCCCCAUUCUCCCUCCUUCCAUCACCCCGCCCCAUUCUCUCGCUUUCCAUCACCCCGCCCCAUUCUCCCGUUUUCCAUCACCCCGCCCCAUUCUCCUUCCUUCCAUCACCCCACCCCAUUCUCCCGCUUUCCAUCACCCCGCCCCAUUCUCCCGCUUUCCAUCACCCCGCCCCAUUCUCCCGCUUUCCAUCACCCCGCCCCAUUCUCCCUCCUUCCAUAACCCCGCCCCAUUCUCCCUCCUUCCAUCACCCCGCCCCAUUCUCCCUCCUUCCAUCACCCCGCCCCAUUCUCCCUCCGUCCAUCACCCCGCCCCAUUCUCCCGCUUUCCAUCACCCCGCCCCAUUCUCCUGUUUUCCAUCACCCCGCCCCAUUCUCCCGCUUUCCAUCACCCCGCCCCAUUCUCCCUCCUUCCAUCACCCCGCCCCAUUCUCCCGAAUUCCAUCACCCUGCCCCAUUCUCCCGCUUUCCAUCACCCUGCCGCAUUCUCCCGCUUUCCAUCACCCGGCGCCAUUCUCCCUCCUUCCACCACCCCGCCCCAUUCUCCCGAUUUAUAUCACCCUGGCCCAUUCUCCCUCCUUCCAUCACCCCGCCCCAUUCUCCCUCCUUCCAUCACCCCGCCCCAUUCUCCCGCUUUCCAUCACCCCGCCCCAUUCUCCCUCCUUCCAUCACCCUGCCCCAUCCUCCCUCCUUCCAUUACCCCGCCCCAUUCUCCCGCUUUCCAUCACCCCGCCCCGUUCUCCUGCUUUCUAUCACCCCGCCCCAUUCUCCCACUUUCCAUCACCCCCUUUCCAUCACCCAGCCCAAUUCUCCUGCUUUCCAUCACCCCGCCCCAUUCUCCCGCUUUCCAUCACCCCGCCCCAUUCUCCCGCUUUCCAUCACCCCGCCCCAUUCUCCCUCCUUCUUUCACCCCGCCCCAUUGUUUCGCUUUCCAUCACCCCGCCCCAUUUUCCCGCUUUCCAUCACCCCGCCCCAUUCUCCCACUUUCCAUCACCCCACCCAAUUCUCCCGCUUUCCAUCACCCCACCCUAUUCUCCCGCGUUCAAUCACCCCGCCCCAUUCUCCCUCCUUCCAUCACCCCGCCUCAUUCUUCCUCCUUCCAUCACCCCGCCCCAUUCUCCCUCCUUCCAUCACCCCGCGCCAUUCUCCCGCUUUCCAUCACCCUGCCCCAUUCUCCCGCUUUCCAUCACCCUGCCCCAUUCUCCCGCGUUCAAUCACCCCGCCCCAUUCUCCCUCCUUCCAUCACCCCGCCUCAUUCUCCCUCCUUCCAUCACCCCGCCCCAUUCUCCCUCCUUCCAUCACCCCGCCCCAUUCUCCUACUUUCCAUCACCCUGCCCCUUUGUCCCGCUUUCCAUCACCCCGCCCCAUUCUCCCUCCUUCCAUCACCCCGCCCCAUCCUCCAUGGAAUAUGGGAGAAGGGGAUGGAAUCUAGGAGAAGGGGAUGGAAUGUUGGAGAAGUGGAUGGAAUCUGGGAGAAGCGGAUGGAAUCGGGGAGAAGGGGAUGGAAUCUGGGAGAAGGGGAUGGAAUGAGGGACAAAGGGAUGGAAUCUGGGAAAAGGGGAUGGAACCUGGGAGAAGGGGAUGGAAUCUGGGAGAAGGGGAUGGAAUAUGGGAGAAGGGGAUGGAAUCUGGGAGAAGGGAAUGGAAUCUCGGAGAAGGGGAUGGAAUUUGGGAGAAGGGGAUGGGAUCAGGGAGAAGGGGAUGGAAUCGUGGAGAAGGGAUGA